GAUCUUGCGUGGGCGGGGCUUGUUUCCAGGAAGUAAGUAGCGUGACUGCGGGCCUCAUAUUGUCGCAAAUUCAACUUUUUCCUUGUCAUCCGCACAGUUUAUAUUUUAUUCAACCGUUUGUUAAUCUACCAAUAUGGGUGAUGAUGAAGAAAAGUAUGACGGCAUGUUGCUUGUUAUGGCGCAACAACACGAAGGAGGGAUACAAGAGUUAGUAAACACAUUUUUCAGCUUCCUCCGCCGCAAAACUGACUUUUUCACCGGUGGAGAUUCAGGUGCUGCAGAGCAGCUAGUCAAAGAUGCCUUCGCCAACCACAGUCAGCUAGCGCUAAAGUCCCAAAAAGAAAAGGAGAAGAAGCAGGAGAAGGAAAGGAAAGAGAAAGCCGAAAGAGCUGCCAAGCUUGCAGAGGAGGAGGAGAAGAAAAAGAAAAAAGCAGACGGUCCCAGAAUUCAGGAGCUGACUGAUGAAGAAGCAGAGAAACUUCAGUCUGAACUUGACAAGAAAAAGAAGGAAGAGGAGAAAAAGGAGAAGGCAACAAAAAACGCAGAAAAUUCAUCCGACAAAGUAGAGAAAGAGAAGGGGUCUGAGUCAGAAGGAGAGGAGGAUGAGAAAGACAAAGAUAAACUGAAGCCCAAUGCAGGAAACGGAGCUGAUCUGCCAAACUACAAGUGGACACAAUCCCUGUCUGAAGUUGAUCUGGUCGUGCCUUUUGAUGUGAAGUUCCGCAUUAAGGGGAGAGAUGUAGUGGUGGACAUCCAGCGGCGCUCCAUCAAGGUGGGCCUGAAGGGACACCCUCCUGUUAUUGAAGGCCAGUUUUACAACGAGGUGAAGGUGGAAGAAAGCUCCUGGCUCCUCGACGACGGCAAGAUCGUUACAGUCCACUUGGAAAAGAUUAAUAAAAUGGAGUGGUGGAGCAAGAUUGUGACCACAGAUCCAGAAAUAAACACCAAGAAAGUCUGUCCAGAGAACUCAAAGCUGUCAGACCUGGACGGAGAGACUCGCGGUAUGGUGGAGAAGAUGAUGUAUGACCAGAGACAGAAAUCAAUGGGCCUGCCUACAUCUGAAGAGCAGAAAAAACAAGACAUUCUUAAAAAGUUCAUGGCUCAGCACCCAGAGAUGGAUUUCUCUAAAGCCAAAUUCAGCUGAGACCUGCUGCAGAAUCCACAUCACGCCUCAUGUGCAUCAUAUCAGAGCCAACGCCAGGCACCAGCCGACCCCCACCUUCUUUUGUGCUCUCCAUACCGGACAUGGUUUUGUUGACUAACAUGUCUUAAGUCCAUAGCUUCGUUUUUGUUUUCAUGAUAAAAAGGUUGAUGACUGUAAUGCCCACAUUCUCUCUUUGCAUGUCGUCUCAAUAUUUAAAGUGUCUGGAUUUUUUUUAAAUAAAGAAAUUUAAAAUCACAGUGA